CGUUGGAACCGGAGCCUUUGGGCCCGGCUCGGCCCCGUGCUGGGCUGCUGCUCCUGUUACCGGGGGCAGCAGGGACCGUGCCCUGCGCUCCUCUCCUGGCCUUCGCCUCGCCACGGCGUCGCAGUCCUCCCUAACAGGCCUGAAUAAGGAGGAGCGCAUCCACAUGGAUAUUUCCAAUUAUAUUAUUUAGAGUUUAUUUAGACUAAUUAAAAUAUAUUACAUGUUCCCAAAGUAACUUAAUGCCUCCUUGUUCUAUCACUAAACACUGCUCUGUGCAGCCUUUAACAGCUUGCGUGAUGCAUAUUUAGCUGCUGUUUGCAGCUUUUACGCUUCCAAAGGGGCUGGAUGUCAGGUCCCUUUUCCCCACAACGCUUCCCUAUGUUUUCCCAUCCGCAACGUUAUUUCUGCGCUUUGCACUGAGGUCUCACUGUAUGCUUCACCUGUCCACGACUAAACGGCCGGAGUCACGCAAAUAACGUAUCGCUUCUGACCUCAGUGACCAUCCGUUCUCACGACUCUCACCCCCGCUCCGCUAAUUCACUCACGGGGCAACCUCAGGCUUUCUUACAGAGCGGACGCUGCGUCUCGGGCGGGCUCCUCUCCAGCCCGAGGACCCGCAGGAUGCAUGGGGCCGCCCCGCAGCAGGAGGGGGGCUGACCUACCCUCGGGCAGAUGAAGCUGAAGAGUGCCUUCUCGCCGCAGACACCUGGACAGCGCGGCGCGAGGAAGGGAAGAGCCUCACUCAGCCCCAGGCAGGUUUGGAGGGUUGCUGCUCCAGCCUGGCGGUGGCGGAGGAGGCCGCGGUGCAAAGGUGUGUGCAAAGGGGAGGUUGGUCCUUGGCCGAGAGGAUGGCUGCAUCUGCCUGGCCCUGGGGCCAGGAGCUGAGAUCGCAGCUGCUUCUGCCUGUACAGCCAGCCCCCUGCCAAAGGCCGGACUUGAGCAGCUCUUAGCGGCUCUCCUGCUGUUGGUGUCUGCCGCCUGGGUGCUCCAGCACCUGCCCUGUCCCACUGCUGACCGGCAUGGGACAGCGCGUCGAGGCCACCUGCCCCUCUGACCUGCCCCAUGCCCAUCUCUGAAAGAGGCAGGGAGGGCUGGGAGCCUCCCCCUUAGCCAGUGGGUAAGCGCUGGGUGGCACAGUGCCAGAGCAAGUUAAACACGUUAGUGGUGCCCCGGGAGUGGAAGAAACAUGCUGAGAAUGUGCAGGAUGAAAUCAGUGUUGCUGCCUGGCUGCAAAGGGCCACAGGGCUCAUGGGCACAUGCUAGAUCAAGCAGGACCCACAGGGGUUUGGAUGGCGUACCGCAACGGGCCCAGGAGUAGGGCCCAAGCGGGGAGGCAGGAAGUGAGCAUAUUAUUAACUUACUUCCGUUUUUCCUUGCAGGGGAAACGGCAGCUCAGGCCAUCGUCGGAGGGCUGUCCUUUGGGUGGUGCACACUGAGGAGUGAUGGCGGACAAGCAGCUCCUGGAGGUGCGGAAGGCUUUCGUGGAGCGUGUGGGGAAGCAUGUGAUUCCCGGGCUCCUGGACGACCUGCUAGCCCAGCGGGUGCUGAGCUCCGAGGAGGUGGACGUGGUGCAGGACAACUACACACUGCGUGCUGACAAGGCCCGCUGCCUCAUUGACAGCGUGCGCCUGAAGGGCCACAAGGCCAGCAAGAUCCUUAUUGACAGCCUCAGGCAGCGCGAUGGCCUCUUGGCAGAAGAGCUGGGUCUGGACGCUGACUCAGGGCCCCCUUGCAUGCAGCUAGCCUGCCCCAACACUGAGGUCACCCCCGGACCCUCUGCCACCAUCCAGGGCCAGCAGUGGAUCCAGCAGUGCUCCCUGAGCGAGUACCAACGCAUCUGUGAGAAGGAGGGAAAUCAGAUCUAUCCCAUAUACCUGCCGCUGGAAACGCGAACCCGCAGGGCCCUGCUCAUCUGCAACAUUGAGUUUGAGUACUUGAGAAAGCGGUAUGGGGCUGAAAAAGAUAUAGAGGGGAUGACUAAGCUGCUGGAAGGACUGGGCUACAAGGUGGAAAUCCACUGCAACUUAACUUCCCAGGAGAUGGCUAAGGUCUUGAAGGAUUUUGCCAGUUGCAAGGAGCACCAGACGUCUGACAGCACCUUCCUGGUGCUCAUGUCCCAUGGGGUCAGGGCUGGGAUCUGCGGGACCAAGAGCAGAGACAAGACCACAGACAUCCUUUCCCUCGACACCAUCUAUGAGACCUUCAACAACAAGCACUGCCAGGUGCUGCUGGGCAAACCCAAAGUGCUCAUCAUCCAGGCUUGCCGUGGAGAGAAGGCUGGGUCUGUGCUGGUGAGAGACUUCAACAACCCUGAGACGACCGGUCCGAGCUUGACUCCCGUGACCACUUCAGGGCUGGAAGAUGAUGCAAUCCGUCAAGUACACCUGGAGAGUGAUUUUGCCUGUUUACAUUCCUGCACCCCUGAUACUGUCACCUGGAGAAGCCCCCAAACUGGCUCUUUUUUCAUCCAAAAGGUGAUAGAGCAAUUUAGAAGCUGUGCCUAUAAGAGCGACUUGCGUGAAAUCUUCCGAAAGGUCCAAAGUUCCUUUGAAAAAUUUCCUCUGCAGUUGCCAGCAGAAGAACGAACUACACUGAUCAAAAAGUUCUAUCUCUUCCCAGGCCACUGAUCUCCUCCCGGUGUCUUAACAGCUGAAAAAUAAGACACUCACGAGAGAAAGUGUUUGAAUUUGGUCGUAACAGAGUGGAAGACAUACACUCAAGGUGAACACAGCCCUGCUCCAGAGAGAUGCAAUUUUCAGAGAAGUGGCAAGAAGAAAGGCCAAAACCAGCUUCGCAUCCACAAAGUUCAGCCCCCAGCAAUGUGCUAUAUAGAACAGUCUAUCUUCUCUACAGAAACAUAGUGAAUUGCCAAACCAACUGCUUUUGCCCCUUCUGCUAGAUGACAAGAAUAUCCCUGAAAUAAAAUUGUCUGUAGUCGCCUCAC